AUGAAUAAAUGCUUAGUCGCAGAACCUCAAAACCGCCCAACUGCUAAAGAAUUAGUUAAUAUGUUGAAUAUUUUUCUUAAAGAUUUGGAAAAUGAAAAAACUGAAUUAUAUAAGCAAGUUAAAAAUACUAAAGACUUAGACAAAAAUUUCUUAACAUAUGAUCAAGUCAAAUCGGCACGAUUCAAAUAUCAGACACAUCCACAAGCUAUUUACACAAGUCGAUCUUUGAAACUUUCAAAACUCCCUAAACCAGCUAGUGUUGGAUAG